AUGGGGCCUGACGCUCUUACCACCUCCAAGCCGAAACAGUGCUCCGAAGCCAUAUGGAAAGAUCCAGAAGUCGUGGAGGGCUACCGCUCUGCGGAAAAGGUGACCAUUGCUUUUGCUAGGUCGUUGGUCGAGCAAUCAGGUAUCUUAUCCAUUCGGAAUGAGGAGGAACCACUGUCUAUACUGGACAAUGCUUGCGGGACAGGGGCAGUCUCGGCCGUUUUGCAUGAGAUGCUUCCUGAUUGGAAGACCGGGUGCAAGUGGACGUUGACAUGUGCAGACCUGUCUGAGGCAAUGAUCAAUGUGGUCAAGGAAAAGAUAGAAGCUGAAGGAUGGGAAAACACCGACGCUGCAGUCGUGGAUAUGCAGGAGACCGGGUUGCCGGCUAACAGUUACACUCAUGUGUUUGCUGCUUUUGGUUAG